AACUAAUACCCCUCACUUAUUAUCAACCUCAUCAUUGGCUGCACUUGGCUGGUCAGUGUCUGGGACUUACUCGUGUAGUUUUCGAGUAUUUUUCUAGAUUUGGAUUGAUUGUAUUUCUCAUUGAUUCGCUUUCUCGUCGUACCUCGACCUUCACCCUACCAAAACAGAACAAUGGCAACCAAAGUUGAAACGCAAUCGAAAGAGGGAGUUGCAGACGUCGAAAUGCGGGCUGACACAGCUGAGGUCGAGGGUGAACACUCUGCGGCUUACAAUGACGAUGAGUACGGCCAGGCCCAGGGGGGUGCUGGGGGGAGCUCUUCCAACUCUUCUGUGCAGCUGCUUUCCGGCGCCACCCAGCAGGAUGCGGACAAAGCCUGGGCGCAUUGCCAAACCUACAACGACGAGCCUGUCGCCGUUUGGCGCGUGAAUCCGGAAAAUUAUGUAUCAAAACGAAAAAAGCCCCCUCCCCAUAUGGGAAACGAAAUUUGUGAUGCUGUAUUUGAGUACACAAAUCGACUUGUAUUGCUAGAAGGCCAAGAGACGCAGCUGUGGCCUGAAUUGCAGGCAAGUUGUCACGCUGUUUACCACUUCCAGUCGCCUCCUGUCAUGCUGGAAAUGCAAGGCUUCCCCACGCUCGCCAGAGCUACAGUCUGCAUCUUUAGCCUUCUAGCAUCACAAAACUUAUUUGUGGCCACAAAUGAUCUGCAUCACAGAUUUCCGUUUUGGUAUGGGGAGGGGGCAUUUUUCAUUGUAAUAUGACAACCUUUGCUGCAAGAAGGUCCGCUUUUACUUCAUCCUGCCCUGCUUAUGGCCGCACGCGAUUCUGUGCAGCCCGUGUGAUAUCAAAUGCAAAUAUGUAGUGGUCUGGGUGGUCUGGAAGAACGCAGAUUUUUGUCGCGCUAGUAUUUUCGCAUGACGGAGAAGGUCUGGGCUGGCAUGGAACCCCUGGCAUCACAGGUUUCGAGAACUACGCUUCGCAAUGCCUAAUCCGCAUGACAAAUCCUUCAUUUUGGUGACUGGAAAUGGGCACGACCUUCUGAUGCUGCCUAUGCAGGAGAAAUUAGUGCGUGUUUAUGAAAUGUGCAUCACAAGUUCGCAUCCUUGCAGACCCAGACAUAUUUAUUUGCAAUGCAUAUGUUUGUAUUUCGCGAACAAGGCCACAAACGACGCUUUGCAAGGUACGACUUACAUUUUGGGAAAAAAGAAUCUUUACCGGAUCGUGGAAGCGGAGGUGGGUUUAUCAACUGCAAAAAUGUCUGUGUCUUGAAGGAUGCGAACUUGUCAUGCGUGUUUCGGAUCAUCAUACAAAAAUCUGUGUCGGAUGACUUGCAAAAGGUCCCCGUUUCUGGCCAUGCUGAGAGGGCAUGGCAUGUCCCAUGCAGGAUAGGCAUCACCAAGGGGCUGCAGAGGGUGUGAAUCUAUGCCCUGCAUUCCAGCCUUGGCGGAGCUUGGAAAAACUGCAUGACAACAAGUCUCGGAAUGAUCUUCCAGACCCAGACAUAUUUGCAAUCCAUAGGGUGGCGUUUGCUGCACGACGGGAAACGAUUCGGGCUUCGAAAAGCUGUCCUCCAUCACCUCCGUCGGAGUCCACAAUCAGGCCGCCCCUUGCGCUUGCCUCGAAUCACAUGGCGUUCAGAUCGCUGUCCCCUUUGUUUCGCCCUUAUGCAUUGCAAAGAUGUCCUCGCUCUCGACGUACGUAUUCACAUUGCGUUUAGUAAAAAAAAUAUUUAUCCUAUAUAUAGGUGCUAAGUAUAAUUGAACAAAGGCACCACGAUCAUGCAGCUGUAAAAAAAAAAAACGCAAUUGAGUCGUUACAUUACAUGCUGGAAAAGAAAAUGCAAAUCGAACUUGAUUAACAUAUGGAUGGGUAUGCAAGAAGAAAAAUACAGUAAUUCCACUUUCCAAAACUUGAGCGCGAUACUUUUUCACGUAAUAGUUCUUGUCCGACUAUACCGGUGGAGGACCGCCCAGCUUCAUCAUGUAUGUGGACAACCCGGACUAUGCGGCGGGUCUAAUUAACACUGCUAUGGAGAAUGCGCAGCAAUUGAGAGGACCACAAGCGCCGCCGCAGAUGAUGAUGCAGGGCGCGCCCGGAGGUGGUGGGCCAGCUGUCGGCACCAAGGAAAAGCUCAAAGAGCUCACGGAAAUGUACCAGAUGGGACUCGUGUCACCCGCGGAGUUUGAAAGCAAAAAAGCGGAGCUGCUAGCGGGAAUGUGACGAGCGACGGAAGUAGAUCUGCUCGGGACUAUUGGGCGUUCUUUACGUAGCCUAAUUUUGAUUCAUUUUGUAGUUUCUGCAUUUGAGCAUCAGGUGGACUUAAGUACAAAAAUCUUCCUUCAGCAGCGUUUUGGUACAAUAGGGGAUUGGAUUCAAACGACGACAGGAAGUUCGGAACCAGCUUACGAGAAUUCUGCAGAAUCUUUGUGACGUCUGUUCAAAAGUAUAAAGUCCAUCGCAAUCGGUCAACAAACGCAGGAUGGUUCAUCCUCUUCGCUUAGAAAGAUGACAAAAGCGAUCUGUACCAAAGAACCUGAUAUGGUGUUGCUUCGCUGGCAUUUGUUCCAUUCUUGAUUGACUGACGUGGUUCAUCUCUAG